UGUUUAUUUAGGCUCAGCCAAAACGUCUUGUAGAUCAUCUUGUAGAAGACCACUCAGUCGUUGAUCCAACUUUCGUCGAAGACUUUUUACUGACUUACAGAACGUUCUUUAAUGAGCCAACUGACAUUUGUUCACAGCUUUUGGAUUGGUUUGAUAUUCCUGACCUCAGAGAUAAGGUAAAAAAAUACGAUAUAAUUGUACAUUUCGAAUCUAAAUUUGUAAAAUUGUACAUUUCGAAUGUAAAUGUGUUUCCUCAUUAGCAGUAGACAAUUUACAAGAUGUCUUGAUUACAUCCUGCUGAAAACGAAUCAAAUUUAAAUUCGACAUGUACAGUUUUUAAGAAUUGAUUACUAUAUUAAGUCAAGAGGCAAUUAUUUUCUAAAUUCUCGUAUUUCACGAUGAAAAGUGUUCAAAGCCUAAAAUCUUUUUGGCAUUCCUCUCAAAAUAUGUUGUUUUAGCUCUAUUUUGUAGUUUACACAGUUAGCAACCUUUUUAAAUGUAUCUGGCGGUUGAGAAACACAAAACAAUAGUUAAAUAUUGUCAAUUUAAAUACAAUUAUUGUAAAAUUGACGCCAUAUACAUAUAUAUUUAUACAGCAAUAUAAGCAAAACUUACUGAACUUGAGAGUUGAGACAUCAUUUUCUCUUUGGCGUGCCAUCUAAAAUCUCUUCAUUUUAGAAUAAUUUUACACAUAAGGCCUAAACAUACUUUUUAAGUUUGUUUGCCGUUUGAGAAACGUAUAAAAAAUUUAAGAAAAUGAAUAUAGUCAUAAUCAAGUGGAAAAGAACAUUAGUUUUGAGCGCGUGUUACGUAACAUACUAGACUUUCCAAAGUCCUUUCCAGAUCCCUCUAUGGCGCGCUUCACUUCCUCUGUGGAAAGGACUUUUGUCACUUGCAGCGCGCCAAAUAUCACCGGUGGAAAAAUCCACCGGUGACGUCAUUGUUUACAUUGAAGGCCGAAGCGGUUUAAAUUCUCAGGCUUUUUUGUUGAACAAGCAUUUAUUAUUGAAGAAAACAGAGUAAACAAUGUAAAUACAAUUUUGUAGAACACAAAAACCAUGUGAAAAUACACAAACGGCAAACAUUAAUACAUUGAUUAUGAGUACAUGCAGCCUACAGGGUGUAGAAAUAAACUUUAAUACUGUCACCGAAAAUGCAUGCGUCUGAUGAUUCUAAAAUUUCCUCACUACUUUCGGGUUUAGUUUGGGUUUCUUGAUCUCGAUUACUGAUUAUUACAAAUUCGUUUGUUGAGAAAACAGGAUUUACUGGAUUUUGAACUCUAGCGAUGUCUUCUCGUAAUCUCGUUGAUCACAAUCGGCGCCUCUCUGCUUCUUGGUUACAGUUGCCUGAUUCUUUUCAAUUAGAUUAACUUCUACUACGUUAAAUCGCUCGCGAACUUGAUCAACUUUCUUUACUAAGUCUAAUAAAUUACUAUUCUUAUCGACACAAUUACGGCACACAUUGUUAGACAAAACAACAGUCUAGAUUCAAUAGGUUUUUACAUGCACUUGUUUUUGUUGAUACAUUAACAGCUUUCGGCGCUUACUUGGGUCAGUUAUUUCGUUUCCACACUCGGUGCAAACUGUCUCAUUCGAGGACAAAGAAAUAUCAAUUCUUGAGAAUGUUUUUGUAGACCCAUUGACGGCGCGUGUUGAAGCAAUUGUAUGAAAUGUACACACCCUUUUUAAUAUGUCAAAAUUAUUCGCGCCAAAAUUUUUAAUGCGAUUUAAAUUCCUGCAAGCGACACAAGUCGACCACUCGCGACUUCGUCGCUCGGGUCGCGCGCUCCCUCCCCGCGUUCUCCCUCCCCCAUGGUCGACUUGUGGCAAGUCUAGUAACAUACGUACAAAAGAACAACUUUAAUUUUGAUAAUUUUUCCAAUAUAAUAUUUUAUGAAUUAUUUUCACAAUUUUUGAAAACUUACCGUUUUAAAUAAGGCGCCUUUUCCAGUUUGUUGAGUUCUUUUCGUAGUUAUUCCUUACUUUUUGUGACUUUUGAGAUCAAUGAAUGCAUUUCAGUUAAAUUAUCGUUUCUUUGCGCAGGUAACCCGAGUGAUGUUGCUGUGGGUUAUCAAUCAUUUCAACAGCGAUUUUGAAGACAGUCCAUCAAUGGAAAAACAUCUGGAUAGAUUUGAGAAGGGGCUCGAGAAACAUGUAAGAAUUGUGAAAUUUUAAUACUGCUCAAAAAUCUGCCAGCCUGGAAACCUAAACUAAACUAUCUUUAUUUAUACUGGAUAGCUCUAUCAGUUCUGAACUGUUCUCCCUAGAGAUUCAGUAAGGAUCAUCUCUUAUUGAUCCAGUGUUACUACAGGCAGAAACUUAAACUAAACCAACUUCAUUUACACUAGAUAGCUCUAUCAGUUCUAAAUUGUUUUCCCAUAGAGGUCCAGUAAAGGCCACCUUUUAUUGACACGGUGUUACUACAGGUGAAACCUAAACUAAACAAACUGUAUUUAUACUGGAUAGCUUUAUCAGUUCUAAACUGUUCUCCCUAGAGAUUCAGUAAGGAUCAUCUCUUAUUGAUCCAGCGUUACUAGGGGAUGCUCUCCCUAGAGGUCCAGUAUAAGAAUUUUCCCAUAUUGGACCAGUGUUACUACAGGAGGAAACCUAAACUAAACCACUUCGUUUCUAUUGGAUGACUGUAUCAGUUCUAAAAUGCGCUCGCCACAGAGGUCCAGUAAGAAUCAUCUAUUAUUGAUCCAGUGUUACUACACUACAGAAGAAAACUUGCGUCGAAAAUGGAACCACUCUUAACACAUAUCAAUAUCACUAAUAAUAUUUUUGUUUAUUCGUUUGUUUCAGUCCAUGGUUGGUCAACUACGUUUACUACAUAUUGCUUGCUCAUCCAAGGCCAGAGUACGGAAAGUAACGCUGGUAAGUUGACAUUCGAGACAGGGGCGUGAAUCCUGGGGGGGUGACACCCCCCUAAUGUUUGAGAAAAGCAAUUUUGUAGGGCAAAUUUAGCAAAUAAUCAAUAAUUUGUCGGGCAAAAUACAUUCAAUUCAUGUUGAGUAGGAACAAAAUCAUAGCAGUCUAGUUCCACCAAUUUUAAAGAUUUCGCUCAAAGUGUGUAUGACAUGGCGUUUUAGAGACUGUAAAUUUCACAAUUUUCUUGGGAAGCAUGCCCCCAUAUCCCCUAUAUAGGAGUCUCGUGUCUUUCGAGCAAAAAUUAUUGUAGACCUGCAUGGGACUGGGAUUGGUUGCAACCAUUCACGUGUGUGUGCUAAUCAUCCUUACUUGCAGCUAAGAACUAAGCUGAAUUGCGAAGGACGCAGCUCAACCUGCUCGAGAGUCAAAGGCUUUCUAUGGGCGCCGAUCACGGAGCACAGCUACGGUGGGAGGGUCAGUUAAGGGUUAAUUUCAACCCACCCUGUCAAUAUUCCCUGUGGGAGAAAACCCACGACUCUCGGUAGAGCGUUGACUGACUCUUCUCACAUCAGUUUCAUGAGUCUGCAACGAGAUCUAAGAGGUGAAAGGCGCUUGUCUGACGCCUUGUGAUGUAGUUUCCGAUUACGAAUCUCUUUCUACUACAAGAUUUAAAAUUUUAAUUUAUAACUAUUUCAAGAAUUUGGAAGAUUGCAAUUAGCCUUUCACGCCGCCAUUUUUGGGUGGCAUUUCAGCCGAAGACUGCGAGAUAAGUCCACAUAACAGCGACUUUUUAUAAUUUUUAGGACAAAUGAUGAUAAAUUUGCUUUGUAAAUGCUUAGUUUAUUUUGAAAAGUUGCUUUUCACAUUGUUUUAAUUGUCUGCAUUGGUUAACGAGAAUUAGAUGCCAUCCAAAAAUGGCGGAUAUAUAUUCGUCAUCGUGAGAAAGGCUAAUUGACAAUAUCUUCAAGACAAUAUAAGUCAUUUCAUGACACUUGUUUGAGUUUUGGAGUGCGGGCCUGUGCAUAUAUCGACUUAUAAAACUUGCAUGAUUGUUUUGUUUGCAUGUGUAUAUAUUUUUUAGUAUUUUUUUAGAAUUAAAAUUUUUGUAAAUAGAAACGGUCCCUUGAAAAUCAGACUUACUGAAGGGUUACCGUUUUAAAAUAUGUGUAAAUAAAUAAAUUAAUUAAUUAAUAUACUCUCUAUAACUCAACGUUUUUAUUUAUUUAGGCUCAUCCAUCCAAAGAUUCGUCGUUAAAUUUUUCAAUCACCGGAGGAAAAGACAGAGGCUUCGGUAUCUUUAUUGCUAAAGUAAGAAGAUGUUUUGCCAUAAAUUAUUAUUUACACCCGAAUAAUAAAACUCGUAUGCUAAACAGCUUUUUCUCUGUCUAAAUUUGCUGUUUGAAACAGGUGAAAAAAGGCUCAAAGAUCGAACAAGCAGGACUACGAAGAGGCGAUCAGGUAAAACAAAGUGUUUUGAAUCACUAUAUUCAUGUUUUAUGUAUUUAUUCUUUUUGGAAGGUUUCAGAAAGCGUUAAGGGGCAACGAAUGUUGGCCAUCUUGAAUACAAUCUUGACACAAAGAAGUCUUGAGCAAGAAAAUGAAUCAAUUUCACUUCAAUUUUAUUGUCUCUUAAAACUCUAAAUGCGUAACUAUUUAAAAGAAUUAGACUACUAUCGUUCACUACGAUGGAGGGAAAUCAUGCUGGCACAUUUUAUGUCUAUAUUCACACCAAGCCGUUAGAUUUUCAAUACGGUUUCGCAAAACGAGCUCAAAUAGUGAAAAUAUGUAAAAAAAUAAUAAAAUGCUUUUAAGUAAAAAAUGUUAAAGUCAUGAAGUCGCAAAGCGCUCCGUUUCCAUCUCGCUCCGUUUAUAAUAAUAAUAAUGAGAAAAAAACCGUGCCCAAAUUCUUGCGACAAAAGUUCUUUCCGAACAAUUACGACUUCUCACGGCUAAUUGUGACUUUCCGCGGCGUUUUCAAACCACUCCAAGCUGGUGUGAACGUACUCUUAAAAGCAUAUUUCUCGUUGUGAUAACUGUGCCUUUGUGUUUUAAGAGUAAAAUUGUUGUUGUUUUUUUUUAGAUACUGGAAGUGAACGGUCAGAAUUUUGAAAACAUGACGCUCGCAAAGGUGAGUGUUAUGCAAAGUGCUUUAACAGUUAUUUUCGGGGCACACUUAGGCCUGUUUCAGACGGCGUACUCUUCAUGUGCCGAACUUAAUUGUAUUAGAUGCGACACAAGAACGGCAGUGAUUCAAACGGCGUACCAAAUACUAUGUUAUUGACAAGGUUAGGGCGCAUUCGCCAGCGAAACCUCAAUAAAAUUCAAAAUAAAUAAGUUUAUUUUUAGACUAAAGUUGAGUUAAGUUUGGCACAUGAGUGGAGCGGCGUAUGAAUCAACGUCGCUCCAACGUCGCAUAAUGCGACAAGCUCUGCCGAACUUGUGUCGAACUUUUGCCGCUCCAAAUUCUGCCGUACUUAAUUGAUUCAUACGUCGGUCUUCUGCCGUACCUAAUUCAUCAAUUAAGUUCGGCACAUGAGAAGUACGCCGUCUGAAACGGGCCUUAGUGGUUAUUUUCGGACACCCCACUUAGUGGUGUAUAGCACCCCCCCCUAAAAAAAUCUGCUUGACCAUACAUUUUCGGCUUUUCGAAUAGCGAUUAGUGGAACUUCUACUGUUAGCGCUUGUCGAUUUCUUGAAACGAUUUAAUCGAUUUGUAAGCUCACUAGCAAAUACUCAGAAUGUUUUGGUUAAAUAUGUAAGUAUGCCGAGGUUGUUGUACAGCCAUAUUUUCAACUAUACUGUGCUUUAACAAGCAAAUUUACUGUGCUGUGCUGCAGCAACUGCGCAUGUCAUUCACACAUACGUGAUUAAAAGUUACCUUUACAGUUACUUGAAAAAGUAACGAUUCUACUUGUAAUUUGACGCCUAAAUCAGCAUAUUUCUAUUUUGUUUUCUUACUCGUUUUAUUUUUCCCUCAAGGGGAAGGAUAUCUUGAAAAAUCAGACGAAUUUGAACAUCAGUGUCAAACACAAUAUCGCUGGUGAGUUUAGCUGACCUAUGAAUAUGUUACAAAUUAUGUAAUGCUAGUAUAUAUUCUGAACUCUGAUAACGUUUUGUUUUUAGUAUUCAAGGAACUUUUAGGGAGUCCACUUAAAAGGUCGUCUAAUUUAAAAGCCAAGGUAAGCGUCAAUAUAUCGAUUUAUUUACAGUCGUAAUAAUAUACAUAAAAAUAUUACCCGAAUGUGAUUCGUUGAUCCCAGUGCAGUUAAUCUCAAAUAGCAGUGCAAAAUUUUGCCAACCACCCCUUGAUACUUCAUUAAUUUCUGUAGCCCCCUGGAUGCGGACGUACAACUCGCACUGGAAAAAAUGUGAAAUCCAUACUAUGAAAUUUGCAAUUGCACUACUAAAUCCACAGUAGCCUAUAUCCACACUAUUUCGAUACAAUAUCCAUAGUAUGGAAAUAUACAAUUAUUAUGGAUAAUCAAAAUCCGUUCUAUUUCCAAUAAAGGUCUAUACAAUUUCCAUUCUAUGACGUUCUAUGGAUUUUCAAUUUUUUUUCCAGUGUCGACGAAAGAUCGGUAUCUUGUAAACUCAAGAUAUGACUUAUUUAAAGAAAACAAGACACAAAUUAUGGUGAUGAUAAUUGAUAUUUCGACAACGACCCUGAAAUAGAGUCGAAAUAUCAUCACCAUAAUUUGUGUCUUGUUUUCUUUAAAUAAGUCAUAUCUUGAGUUUACAAGAUUGAAUUAUAUUUCGUUAUUUUCCUUGUAUUUCUUAUAAAGAACCUUAACAUCAAUUUUAGGUAGGCGAUAAUAAUGGCCAUUUUAUCCAGUAAUAGAAAGUUUUGUUUUGUUUUUAGAAAAGUGAAGUUCAGAGAAGUUCAUCGGACAGCUGUGAUAAACGUUUUGGUUUCAUGAAUCGCAACAAUGACCCUUUAUAUUAUUCUGAUUGUAAGUAUUUGAGGUGUUCAAUAUUGAGCGGGGGAGUUAUUAAAGAACUUUGGUCCUGCCUGUUAACAUAAAACGAUUACUCCUCGCCACAUCUAACGACUGUGUGACUAAGGUUUAAAAUAUCUUUUCUAACAUUUUAAUUCUUUCUUUCAGAUUCCGGAAAGAAACUUGGGGUAAGUUCUCGUAUUAUUUGUAACAUUUCUGUUUUUCACAUAUCUUCAAAGUUCCUUACAAAUGACUAAUCACACCCAUAAUAAUUUCUGAAAGACUUUUAAUGGUAGCUAACAGUAAUUGUCCAACCACGAAAGUAUUCAUUUGAUAUGGUAUGAUAUGAAUUAUGCAAACUUGCAUGAAAGUUCGAGCAAAAGAGUUUAAGGAAAGACUGAAUGGUAGCUAACAAUAAUUGUACAAGCACGAAAAUAUUCAUUUGGGCAAACUUGCAUGAAAAUUCGGGCAAAAAAGUUGGGGGGGGGGGAUCAAUAUUACGGGAACCCAAAUUCCCCCACCUCAUCUUUGCCACUGACUAUAAGCGCCAUAAUACGCCUUAUUCUGACUCAAACAUAAAAUCAUACCAGCAGACAAUCUGAAUAAAUAUAUCAAGAAGAACAUACCAUACUUUGUACCAAUAUAUUUUACCUAUCAAAAGUGAGGUGAUGUUUUGGGCAUUGAUGUCUUGCGCGCGCUUCCAUCUGUUGUGGCACCAGUGCAACGGAAUAUUAAUAAUGCUAUAAAUUCUCUCUCUCUUUAGAAUGCGUUUGGAGGUAUUUACGCGACGACACGUAUUAAAAAGACUUUCAUGAAAUUCACAACAUUACCUCGUUCACCCAAGUGAGUAUAUUCGCAUCAUUUUAAUCUCCAACGGUCUUUGCCUGCUUCGCGAUAGUGUUUGUAGAGUUGUUGUAGUUAAUGAAACCCACCUACAUUAGCUACUGUAGUUCGCAGUGUUGUAACGACUAACGACAGUAACGAGUCAUUGACUCGGGCAGGAGUCGAAAUUUUCUGCGACUCGAGUCGAAUAGGAAAAAUUACUCGACUCGAGUCAACAGCCCCAAAUGACUCGACUCGGACUCGACUUGUUGAUUUCUGCCGUAAAUUACUGGAGCCGGUCAACUCAGCUACAACUUGUUCGGGAUAAAUUCAUAAAAAAUAUUCAAAUAUUGUAGUUGAAUAGGUUGAGGAGAGUCCUGAAAGGGCUUUGAAGAAAUAAAAAGUAAUCCUUGUAGGGAAUUUUUUAAGGCCUUUUUGUUCACAUUUUUGUUCACCAUACAAUUCGUGUAGCCAUCGACUCGACUCGAGUGAAGCCAUUGACUCUAUUAUACUGACAAUACUUUGGUUUUAUGAACUGAUGACUUGAUUAGCGAUACGAUAUGUUAGGAAAAACUAGAAUUAGCUGGGAACUCGACUCGGACACAAAACAUGGGACAGUCUUAAUUUAAUCUUAAUUUUAGUGUACUGUUUAAGCUUCAUUUCCUACUGCGUUCAUAUUUCAGAGGCGAAAAAGACGUGAAAGCCUUAUACGGCAUUUCCUAUGACGACUCCAGUCUGGUGAACACGAAGAAACACGCGAUGAGCAAUGGCACGCUACGUGCUUACAGCUCUUCUGAAAAUAUUGCUGAAGAUGAGACGGACCACGUUCAGCCUGAUCAAGUCAUCCGAAUAUAUAAAGCUGAUCAUACUUCAAAAUACUUCGUUAUAUACCAGGUUUGAAUACACCUUA